AUGACUUCGCAAGCGCAACUUCAAAUUGUAACCAAACGAAAACUCAACCUUAACGGUAAAAUAGGCAAAACACUUCACUGCCACCUUGCUGCAAUCUUCAUCGCACUUUGGACUGUCACGUGCCAAGCUGAGUACUUCUCAUCAAUCGACAGCAUACCAGCGCUGGCAAUCGCAGAGGAAGAUUUAAUAGAGUGGUAUAGGAAUUUUCUCGAUACUCAGGAGCAGGAUUUUGCCGUCUAUCGCAAUUUCAUAGAAAGAGUAAAGGAGGAGCAUGAAUUGGCGCUGGAGGAUCCAGAAGCCUACCUGGGUAACCCUAUAAAUGCAUACAAAUUAAUUAAACGAACUGUAGUGGACUGGGCUACAAUAGCGGGAAAUGUGCGGAACAGUACAGCUCUGCAAGCACUUAAGGCAAACCUGACGUCGUUGACUGCGGCAAUGUCUCUCCCUGACAUAAGUGAACUACGCGGUGCGGCCAAGGGUUUGGGUCGCCUACAGACCAUGUAUAAUUUAAAAACGCCUGACUUGGCAGAUGGUGUCAUCAAUGGCGUAUAUUAUGGUUCGGAACUUUCUGCAUACGAAUGUUUUGAAAUCGGAAGCAAUCUUUUCGAAGCUAAGGAAUAUCCGUUGGCUAAAGAAUGGCUCCAGUUAGUAUUGAACCUCAUUUAUGAAGGUGACACUGCGAGAUUUAAGACUUCAGGUGAUUUUGAUGGUGAUUUUGACGGUGAUGUUGACGGUGAAGAGAUCACAGAGCCAGAAGCAAAUGCAGUGAGUGGAAUAGAAGAUACAAUACAACAAACAAAAGAGGCUCUUGAUACAGAGAUAUGCAGAAAUUGCGCAGAAUAUGACGACGAGUAUGACAAUGAAGGAGUAGGGGAUGAUGACGACGACGACGACGAUGAAGAUGAUGGGAUGGAAGAUCUUAUUUAUGAACCACGAUAUGGUGUAUUUGCUCCUGUGGUAUUGUACGAUUGGGACAAAAAUGGCAACAUAAUAAAUCAAACUGACAUUGAAAGAAGUGACAACCUCAAAAACGAAACAUCUGCAAUCGAUCCAGAUUCUGUAGCAAACAAAUUGUUAAAUGAAACACUAGAAUAUUUAGCGCUUACCAGUUUAGAGUUGGGCGAACGAAAGGAAAUGAAGAUUUACAUUAAUGAAAUCUUAGAUAUAAAUCCGGAACACGCUUUCAAAGAUCUGCUACUUUUUAUGAAUGCAAAAGAAACACAAAAUCGCGCCGCUUUCGACAGUCUGAUUGAUUUGCAGCGUUACGAAUGGUUUGCGAACUACUCACGCUUGUGUCAAGGUGAACAAGUGGAGCAAAAAGAACGCCACCAACUCAAGUGCAAAUUAGAUACUCAUAAUCACCCACUAUUCAUAUUGGCACCCUUGCAAAAAGAAGAAUUACAUGCUGAUCCCGAAAUUAUCAUGUACCAUGGUCUACUAAGUGAUAAACAUAUUGACGAUGUACUUGAACAGUCCGAAGCACAUAUGGUGCGUUCACGUGUUGGCGGUGUCGAUGAAUAUACGGUUCGCGAUGUGCGCGUCAGCCAACAAACUUGGCUAACCUAUCAUAGUCCAACGCUAAAAUACAUCCAUCGUACGGUGUCGGCAAUAAGUGGUUUUGACUUAUCAAAUGCUGAAGACAUGCAGGUGGCAAAUUAUGGCAUCGGCGGACAGUACGAUCCGCACCACGACUUUUUCGACAACUUUGAUCAUAAAGCUAAAUCUCCAUGGAUUGGAAAUCGCAUAGCAACACAUUUAUUCUUUGCUUCUGACGUCGAGCAGGGCGGUUAUACCGUGUUUCCUCUCUUGAAUGUUUAUGCAAAACCCGUUAAGGGUUCGAUGGUUAUGUGGCGUAACUUGCACAAGUCUCUGGAUCCCGACAGACGUACUCUGCAUGCCGGCUGUCCUGUAGUCAAGGGCACUAAGCGAAUUUGCAACAUUUGGGUGCGUUCUGGAUAUCAGGAAUUCAGUCAUCCCUGUGGUUUAGUGCGUGACAACUACAAGUCAGCUCAUGUAAAAUAGAUAUAAUAAAUAUAUAUAUGUAUGUAUAUGGU